CAUUGAUUAAAGUUUUUCAUAGGCUAUGAAUAUGAAAAAGCUCUCGCGCUUCACACUCAAACAGACACAUCACGUGCAAUAAUAUUUUCCAAAAAUUUUGGAUUUUAAUAAAAUCAAGGCUUUAGUGAGAAGAUUAUGGAGAAGAAGGAUUGAAUUGGGACAAUUACCAUCUUUUGUCUUGAUACACAUCAUUCAUAGCAAUAUUCACAAACAUGGGAAGAAGAGCAAAGAACAAGCAGCCUCCUCCAGCACCAUUGUUGGAGAAAAGAGAAGCAAAGCCAAGUGCUUCUGCAGCUCUCAAAAAAGGCAAACGUAAAGCUGAUGAUGAUGAAAUUAAUACAAGCAUCGUUAAACCGGCUAGCAAGGCAAAGAAAGCAAAAGAAGAUAAGAAGGAACAAGAACGAAAUGCUCUCUUUGAUGAUGAAGAAGAGGACGGUGUGGAUGAAUUUGAUGUUGAGGCAGACGAUGAUGACGAGGAUGAUGGUUUCCCUGGUCUAGAUGGAGAUGAUGAUGACGAAGAUGAGGAAGACGAGGAUGAAGUAGAGCUCGAAGAAGAUGAAGAAGGAGAUGAGGAGGAAAUCGAUGAAGAUGAUUUGGACGGCGAAGAGGACGAAGAUGAAGAAGAUAUGAGCGAUGCAGGUGAUCUAGUUCUACCUACACUUGAUGAUGGCCAAGGCGAUGCUGGGCCAUCUACUUCAGCAGACUUACAAUCUAUCCAAAUGCGAAUUCAAGAAAUCGUAAACGUCUUAUCAAACUUCAAAAGAUACGCUACAGAGGACGGACCUAGUCGAAGCGAAUACACCGAACAACUACUUCGCGAUAUUUGCAAUUAUUAUGGCUACAACCGUUUCUUGGCAGAGAAAUUCUUCGAAUUGUUCUCCCCUACCGAAGCUCUUGCAUUCUUUGAAGCAAAUGAGACACCUCGUCCUGUCACCAUUCGUGCAAACACUUUGCGAACCCGAAGGAGAGAUUUAGCACAAGCAUUGAUCAACAGAGGUGUAAAUCUUGAACCUAUCCCUGGUAAAUGGACUAAAGUCGGUCUACAAGUAUUUGAAAGUGGUGUACCUAUUGGAGCAACACCAGAAUAUCUUUCUGGUCAUUAUAUGCUUCAAGCUGCUAGCAGUUUCUUACCCGUCAUUGCCCUCUCACCUCAACCUCAUGAACGUGUACUUGAUAUGGCAAGUGCACCUGGUGGAAAAAGUACAUAUCUAUCCGCAUUGAUGCAGAAUACGGGUGUUGUAUUUGCCAAUGAUAGCAAUAAAGCAAGAACAAAGAGUUUAACGGCAAAUAUUCAUCGAUUAGGAUGUACAAAUGUGGUCGUCUGCAACUACGAUGCACGUCAGUUCCCAAAAGUGAUCGGUGGCUUCGAUCGCGUGUUGCUUGAUUCACCUUGCAGUGGUUCUGGAGUGGUAAGCAAAGAUGCAAGCGUCAAGACGAACAAAUCCGACAGAGAUCUUCAACUUUUGACACAUUUGCAAAAGCAAUUGAUCUUGUGCGCAAUUGAUUCAAUCAAUCCAAGAUCAAAGACUGGCGGAUACUUGGUGUACAGUACUUGUUCCGUCUUGGUAGAGGAGAACGAACAAGUUGUUCAGUAUGCAUUGGAAAAGCGAAAGAAUGUCAAAAUCGUACCUUCAGGUAUCGAUUUCGGACGUGAAGGCUUUAAGCGUUUCCGUGGAAAAACAUUCGAUGACCGUAUGCAUUUGACCAAACGUAUUUUCCCGCAUGUUCAUAAUAUGGACGGUUUCUUCUUUUGCAAAUUGAAAGUUGAAGCUCCUUCCAGUGUCAAAACAAACGGAAAGGCUGAAAUUACAUCUGCUAUCGCAAAUGGUGAAAUUGAUGCUGAUACUUCAGCCCUUUCAGCCGCAGACGGAUUGGCAGAUGUUACUUUUGAUGCAGAAGAAGACGCAGAUCUCAUUGCUAAAUCACUCAAUCGAAAACAAGCAAAGAACAAGGCAAAGAAGCGUAACGGUACAUCAGCUUAAUCACGUAGUUCUUUUCAUUUAUCCUAUCUCACGCCGCAUCAUGUGUAUUUCAUUCUCACUUGUGUUCAAUGUUAUCAGACAGUAUCUUGUAGCCAUUUGACUCGUGUUU